AUGAAAGAAAAGCUUUACGUAGACAAUCUGCUCACCGGGGUGACUGAUGAAGCUGAACCAUUGGAAUAUUAUACACAGUCACGAGACAUUAUGAACAAAGGAUCAUUUCUGCUCAGGCAAUGGUCCAGCAACUCGCCAAAGUUAAGCGCAGUAGCGGAAUCGGAUGGUUCGAACGCCAAAAGUGAAGAGGUAUCGGUCUUGGGGUUAAAAUGGCACCCAGAAAAGCACACAUUGUCGAUCGCAUGCAAGAUCAAGGAACAACCACGCAGCAAGCUAAACACCAAGCGCACCGUUACGUCAGAAUCAGCUUCAGUAUUUGAUCCGUUGGGAUUUUUAAGACCACUACACGUUCCCGCGAAAUCAUUUGUGAAUCAAUUAUGGCAAACUGGCAAAAAUUGGGAUGACAAGCUUUCCCUGGCCGAAAAUGAACAAUGGAGUAAAGUACAAGUAUCACUCAGCAGAGCCAACGAGAUUAAGAUUCCAAGAUGGUUAGUCGACGACGCCACCCAACCGCUAGAUAUCAUCAUUUUUUGUGACGCUUGUCCGACCACAGCCGUAGGAUGUGUUGCAUAUGCGAAGCAAGGCACACGCGUUGGACUAAUUGGUUCAAAGAACAAGAUCGUGUCACAGAAAAAUGCCAAACAAACUGUUCCAAAACUAGAGCUAAUGGCUAUGGUCAUGGGGGCACAAUACGGAGAAAUAUCACGCAAGACAUACGCCAAGGAGUGCUUCACCAUCGACAUCACAUACGCAACAGAUUCCGAGAUCGCUCUCUAUUGGCUGCAAUCCGAGAAAAAGUUAACAUCCUUUGUAAUGAACCGCGUCAACGUCAUCAGAGAGAAAUCGCCUUUACCAGAACGUGGCAGGAGAAGAAUGUCAAAGACAAUUUGCGAACAAAAUGAUAGCAUUUAA